AUGGAUAAGUAUGUCACAAGAUCGAAAAUUCGACAUCCAAGUUCUAGCUCUACUCAUGCAUCUACCGCUUCAACCAUAGCGCCAAAAAUUCAAAAGAAAACAUUUAUUUCAGAUGUUGAUUUAGAAUCUCUUGAAGCUGAUUCGGGAAUUAGAAAGCCAAUUGCAGAAUAUAAUCCUAAUAUACGUGAUGAUAUUAGGAGAUAUUAUAUUCUUAAAAAGCCUUGCCAACCUAAGGAUCAUAAAUUUCCUAAAACUAAGUUUGGGAAGGAAAUGCGGCAAUUUUUUCUUAAUUGGCUUAAUGGUCGUAAGUGGUUGGAGUAUAGCAUAACAAAAGAUGUUGCAUUUUGUUUGUGUUGCUAUUUGUUUAAAAAUGAAUGUGAAAGUCGUGGAUAUGUGGUUGAUGUUGCUUUCACAAAGACUGUCUAUAGAGCUUGGAACAAAGCUACUGAAAGAUUUAGAGCUCAUGUUGGAGAUAUAAAUAGCAUCCACAACAAGUGUUUCAACAAGAUGCUUGAUUUGAUGAAUCAAUCACAGUCAAUACGCACUUCCUUUGAUAAAAAGUUCAAGAAAGAAAAAAGUGAGUCUCGGCGUCGCUUGAGUGCUUCAGUUGAUGUGACAAGAUUUCUCUUGAAAUUAGGAUUAUCAUUCCGUGGACAUGAUGAGAGUCGAUCUUCUUCAAAUAGAGGUAUUUUUCUUGAACUUUUGCAAUGGUAUGGAGAUAUUAAUGAAGAUGUUGGAAGCAUUAUUUUAGAAAAAGCUCCAAAAAAUGAAAUGAUGUGUUCUCCAAGUAUUCAAAAGGAUAUUGUUGAUUCUUGUGCUAAGGAAACAAUCAAAUCUAUUCUUGAAGAUUUAGAUGGGGAUUAUUUUGGGAUACUAGUCGAUAAAUCAGAGGAUGUAUCACACAAGGAGCAUAUGACACUUGUUUUGAGAUAUGUUAACAAAGAAGGAGAAGUGAUAGAACGAUUUGUUGGUAUUAUUCAUGUUAGUGAUACAUCUGCUUGUUCAUUAAAGGAAGCAAUAUACUCUUUUCUUUCAGAUCACUCCUUAAGUCCAUCCCAAAUAUGUGGGCAAGGUUAUGAUGGAGCUAGCAAUAUGCAAGGACAUCUAAAUGGUCUUAAAACUUUGAUUUUAAAUGAGACUCUAUCGGCAUAUUGCAUUCAUUGUUUUGCCCACCAAUUGCAGUUAACACUAGUGGCUCUUGCAAAGAAGGAUUCAAAUGUAGAUGACUUUUUUUGCUUAGUUACUAAUGUGUUAAAUAUUGUUGGAGCAUCUUUUAAGCAUAGAGAUUUACUUCAAAAACACCAAGCUGAACAGUUAGAGGAGUUGCUCAUAUCAUGGGAAGUGCAUACUGGGCGAGGAUUAAAUCAAGAACAUGGGCUUUAG